UUUCCGUUUUCGUACAUAAAAUUGCGGAGAAAAGUUUACAGUUUACACAUCCCCGCGCCCUUCUCGAUUCAUUCCUUCAAUUUUGUGCAUGAUUCGCACAUAUAGCUACAUUGUAUGUAUAGGUAUAUACACUGACAUAUAUAAUUACGAAAAUAUUAUCGUAAACGAUUCCAGAUCCAUCGAUGAUCAGAAAUGGCGGAGGGAACAUACGUGCAGCUAACCAAGGAACAAGAGGCCGUCGCCGAGAACAUCACCCCCGGCGAACUUAACCAGCCCAUUGAUAUUGAUAGGUUUACUUGCCGGAGAUGCCCUGAAUGUGGGCAACCCUUGCCUAAAAGCCACCAGCCCCCUGCUGAUGAAGAUUGGACAACUGGGAUUUUUGGUUGUACUGAAGAUAUAGAAAGUUGCUUGACUGGACUAUUUUGUCCAUGUGUUCUGUUUGGGCGGAACGUCGAAAGCUUGAAUGAAGAAAUUUCCCAAACUGGGGCAUGUGUUGGCCAUGUCAUUUGCGUUGAAGGCGGCAUCACGCUUGCUGUUGUAACAGCAGCAAUGAAUGGCAUUGAUCCCGAUACAAUGUGCCUUAUAACUGAGGGUCUACUCUUUACUUGGUGGGUUUGUGGUAUCUACACUGGCAUGGCUAGGCAAGCAUUGCAGAGAAAAUACCAUUUGAAGGAUGCGCCAUGUGAUCCAUGCUUGGUGCAUUGCUGCUUUCACUGGUGUGCCGUGUGCCAGGAGUACAGAGAGAUGAGGAAUCAUCUGGAAGAAAACACCUCACCAGUAACAAUUGUAGAACCCCCACCCAUUCAAGAGAUGAAUGUUCAUGCCAGAAAAGAAGCCGAAUCGUCAUCUUCUGGCAAAGAAAUUGUUCCAGUGAUUCAAGCUGUGGAGAUGCAGCCUUCAUCCUCCUAGGAUUAGAGACUUUCCUAGAUUAUUCACAUAGAACUUAUUCCAUUUGUAGUUUGUGGAGUUAAUUUUGUGUCUUUUCCUCAAGUUAAAAAGAUGGACAAGAAUGGUCCCUCAACAAUUGGAAAUUGGAUAGAACUAGUCAUUCUACUAUGGCUUUGUUAACACUUUUUUUUCGAUUCUGCCAAAUGUUUAGUGGCUUGUUGGAGUA